GCCCCCCCCCCCCCCCCCCCCCCCCCCCCGGUUCGGCGCGAUGGUAUCGCCCGUUUCGCUGUUUCUCCCGCAGCUCCCCCCGUCGCUGAGCGCGCGGUGGUAACGGCGGGAGGGCGCGCGGGCCCGGAGCGGCGCGCGAGGUCACCAACACCCCCCCACACACCCCCCCCCCCGUGACACCACUGUGGGGCCCGGCACCAUGUUCGGCUCAUCCCGAGGGGGGGUCCGGGGGGGCCAGGACCAGUUCAACUGGGAGGACGUCAAGACGGACAAACAGCGUGAAAACUACUUGGGGAACUCUCUGAUGGCGCCCGUGGGCCGGUGGCAGAAGGGGAAGGACCUGACUUGGUACACCAAGGGCAAGAAGGAGACGGCCCCCCCGUUAUCCCGCGAGGAAGAACUGGCCGCCGUCCGCCUGGCCGAGCAGGAGGCCAUGAUGGCAGCUCUUGGCUACAAGAACGUGAAGCGGCAGCCCACCGCCCUCAGCAAGGAGGACCUGGCCGAGGUGUGCAAGCGGGACGGCGCCGAGCGGGACGAGAAGGACGUGGAUCGGGUGGUGGGCUUGGGCAGCUCCAGCGGCAGCGCCGGCCGGGUGAUGCUCUCCAAGGAGGACAAGGAGGCAGCAAAGAUGGGGCUCUCCGUCUUCACGCACCAGAAGGUCUCCAGCAGCCCCGAGACGUCUAGCUCCAAGAAGAAGCAGGAGAAGGAGGAGAAGGUGGAGGAGAAGCGACCGGAAGGCGGCAAGAAAUCCAAAAAGGAGAAAAAGAAGAAGAAAAAGAAGAAACACAGGAAGGAGAAGAAGAAGGACAAGCAUCACAAGAAGGAUGCUGCCUCGUCGUCUUCUGAUUCUUCUCCGGACCGGGAUGAGAGGCACCACCGAAGGAAAACCCAGCAGCGCGGCAGCCGGCGGCGGCACGACACCGAUUCCUCCGGCGACAGCCCCUCGCGGCGUCCUGCCCGCCGGCGGAGCCGGGACGACCGCGGUCACAAAGGGAGGAAGAAGAGGAGCAGGAGCAGGUCCCCUCCAGCCCGGGGGGUCAGGCAACGCCACGACACCGAUUCGGAGGACUGAGAGGGAGCCUGGGGUUCUUCCGGGGAGAUCUCCACAUAACUCAAACAUAUAUAUAUAUAUAUUUUUUUUUUUUUUAAAGGUUAUUAAAUUAAAGCCACAGCUCUGCGGUUGCUGGUGCUGAGUCUGGCGAAGGGCAUGAUGUUGUGGGGUGCUGGCUCCCUGCAAUGUGGGGCAGCACCAGCAGCCCCCCCCUACAACUUUUGCCCCCAGCCGUGGAGGGGGGACAGCAGGUACCCAGGCCGUCCUUCUCCUCGCUCCCUGGAUCCAUCCUGAUUUAGGAUCCAUCAUCCGGGGAGGAUGCUGCGGGCGCGGUUCUGCCUGCAACGCUGGAAAUGCUGCAGACGCCUCGUGUUUACGUAAAGAGACUUGGGAUACAGUUGUUAUUAUUAUGUUUUUUUAAUAUCUUCUUUCGCUGCCACUGGGAAAAGCUGCCAGCGGAGAGGCUGAAGGAGAGUUUCAGCUCCUUAAACCCUCCCUUAAAUUAAUCAAUAAAACCCGGGACUCGCA